CUCCGGGCCUCAAGCCCAAAAGGAAGAGGCACCGGGGAAGUUCCGGCACCAUUUCAGGGCACAGAAGCUGCCAUGGAAGAGCCUGCAGCUCCCUCUGAAGCCUCUGAGGCAGCUGGGGCCCCUACGGGUGCUGCGGCAGCAGGGGAGGGUCCUGGAGGGCCCCGUCUGCCCGUGCGCCCUGCCCCCCGGCAAGUUGCGGUUCCGAGCCCGGCCCUCCUCCGAGCGUCACGUCGGAGGCCUGCCCAGGCCUCAGGGGGAGGGGCCGGGCCCAGCUGGCUGCCGAGCCGGAGCAGCGGCAGCUGGACAAAGCAAAUCACCUGCAGGUAUUAUCUGCAUGGGCGGUGCAAGGAGGGGGAGAACUGUCGCUACUCCCACGACCUCUCAGGCCGGCAGAUGGCCAGGGAGGGUCGUAGUUCGCCGCCUGGGGCCUCUGCAGGCCGAGGCGCCAGCACGGCUGCGCACGUUGAGACCCUGCCUCAGGAAGUGGCGAAAGCCCCCCCUGCUGCGUCCUCACGCUCCUUGCCUGUGAUUGGCUCGGCUGCUGAAAGGGGUUUCUUUGAAGCUGAGAGAGAGAGUGCAGGCCUGGAAGCUGCCGGAGGAGCAGGUGCAGAAGGCUGGGCGGAUGCCAUUGAGUUUGUUCCCGGGCAACCCUACCGGGGCCGCAGGGCCCUUGUUGUCCCCGAGGCUCCUCUGCAGAGCUCAGUGACUGAGAGGGAGCAGAUUGCUGUGGGCACGGGGGAGCAGCUUUGCCGCGAUGCUAUCAUGGGGCAAUGCUUUCGUGGGGAGAGAUGUAUGUAUGUCCACGGAGACAUAUGCGAUAUGUGUGGGCUACAGGUCUUACACCCGGUGGAUGCUGUCCAGAGGGAAGAACAUGUAAGGGCCUGCAUUGAAGCACACGAGAAGGAUAUGGAACUCUCGUUUGCUGUGCAGCGCAGUCUGGACAAAGUGUGUGGCAUCUGCAUGGAGGUGGUGUAUGACAGAGCCAACCCCAGUGACCGCCGCUUUGGCAUCCUCUCCAACUGCAACCACGCCUACUGUCUUAAGUGUAUCCGCAGGUGGAGGAGUGCCAAACACUUUGGGAGCAGGCUGGUCAAAUCCUGCCCGCAGUGCAGGGUCACUUCCAGCCUUGUUAUUCCCAGUGAGUUCUGGGUGGAGGAAGAAGAAGAGAAGCAGAAACUUAUUCAGCAGUACAAGGAGGCAAUGAGAAACAAGACCUGCAGGUAUUUUGCUGCAAGCGGGGGUUAUUGCCCAUUUGGAGAGAACUGUUUUUACAAGCAUGCAGACCCUGAGGGCCUGGGAGAGGAUCCUGUGCAGGUGGGAGAGGGCGACAUGCCCUUUAAAAGCUGUAAAAAAGAGCUUGUCAUGCUUCGGCUGGCCAAUCUGUUGUUUAAGUGUUUCCUUUCACUGGGAGAUAAUGAGCUCCCCUUCUCAGAGGACCAGUGGGACUUGCUUCAUUAUGAGCUAGAAAAAACAUUUCAAUUUGAGUCUGUAGCAUUAUGCUGUGGCAUGUGGUCUAGUGUGCUGAGGCUCCGUCAUCCGCUAUUGCCUGUUUUCUGUUUGUAGACACAUCUGUCACUCACAGGGGCUGUUGAAGUCAUUUUCAUGGAGCAUCCAUCUCUGUUUUCUUGCCCAUCCCAUUUGUUUCCCCCUAUGAUUAUGGUGUCUCACUGUGUUAAAAAGCAAUCGAAAGUCCUUAAAGUUAUUGUUUGGUGAAAUUAAUAUUACUGUCAGUUUAUGGUUUAUUUUGUCGUCUCUGUUUUCAACAGGAGUGACUCAGUUCUAGUCUAGUGUUUACAGAAUUUCCACACUCAUUUUGAAGUCCCUCAAGAAUAAAUGUGACAGGGUGAAGGGAGAAGUCUUAACUGAACAAGGAGCUUUUUGCUACUACAGCCUUAAGAAAUGGACCCUGGCGGGGCCUUGUGGUGCAGCUGCUCAUCUCUUGUUGUUUACAUGUUGUUCCUUCCCUCAUCCCCUUCAAGUGCGCUCUUUAACUUGUGGUUACCUUGUGGUUUUGUGUUUUACUUGACCAGAACUAGGUGCAUAUGUUUACAUGUUUUUAUCCUGUUUAGCUUGAUGUGAAAUUAUUUAUAUUUGGAAGUGUGUAUUUAAGAAUUAUAUAUAUAUAUAUAUAUAUAUAUAAAGAGAGAGAUGCAUAUAAAUGUGUAUAAAAGUUAUGUAUUUGAAAAUAUAUAUAAAAGAUAUACAUCAUACUAUGCUAUAAUGUUUAUGUAAUAAAGUAAAUUUGGAGCUGGAAGCUGGAAGUCAAAGGCUAAUAGGAUUCACUGUGUUGUGUGAGUGUGAGGUGUGUGAAUGAUCUUUCCCUUUCACAGGCUUCAGUGAUUAGCAUCUGAUGAAAACAGCUAUUCAAGAGGCUCUGGUCAAAAGUGGCAGACAGAUCUUAAAGGACUUACAAAAUAUGGCAUUGGUCUUUCCUAUGAUGGCAUUAAUAGCUCACUCUGCUAUUAUAAAUAUAAAAAUGUGUGUUCCCAUGCAGUUUAGCAUCAUCUCAUUAUCUCCUAUAACAGUACAAUCCUGGACUCAUACACACAGUUUUUGUAUUCAAUAUUUUGUAUUGUCUAUAGACAUUCCAAACAAAGGGCUUUUGACAAAAAUUUCAACAUAUAAGUGACAAGAUUAUAAAAUAUAAAAUAAAAUAAUAAAAAUAUUGAAACCAGUCUGAAUGCAACAAUGGAAAAAUUUAAAAAUAG